UCAUCCCACAGGGACAGCCAAACCCCUAAGGUGCUCAGUCGUCAUGUCCUUGAAACCUGACGACCCCAGUUCUGGGUUCCAGCACAACAGUGUGGUGGCCUUCAUCAAUGGGAAGAUGGCCGGGCACACGAGAGGCCCUGAGUUCUACCUCGAGAAUAUAUCCCUGUCCUGGGAGGAGGUGGAGAACAAGCUCAGGGACAUCCUAGAGGACAGCACAGUGCCCAGCCAGGCCAAAGACGCCUGUGCCUGGAGCAGCCUGGCCCUGGGCGUGCGCUUUGCCCGCAGGCAGAGCCAGUUACAUGGGCACAGGGUGCACUGGCUGCAUGAUUUUGCCAAACUGCAUAAGUCUGCUGCAGAGGCCUUGGCCACAGACCUAAAGGAGUUCACAGAGCAGCAGGAGAUGGAGCGCAAGGAGUCAGCCUUCCGGCUGCGGCAGACACAGGCAAACCUGGCGGAGAUACAGAAGGAACAGAAGCUCCUGAGGUGGAAGCUCUUACACCAACAGCUGGGGUGUACCAGGGAGCAGGGCCAAGCCUCAGAGGAGCCAGGCCUGGCCACCACCAGUGGGGCUGGGACAGAAGGGGCCUGUGAGGAGGAGGAGGAAUCCCAAGCUGCUGCUACCUCUGUUACUGCUGCUGGUGCCACAGGAAGAGAAAGAAGACAGAAGGAUGCACUGGGGGCAGAAGCCGCAGAGGAGCUGGGUGGAGGCCUCAUGCACCUGGUUGGAGCCAUGGACCAGAAAAAUUACACCACUGGACCAGAGUCACACCACCACCCCUCCCUGUCCAGCUCCCUACCUCAUUCACAUACUCCUACUCAUGCCCCUCAUCCCCCUUCCCACCUGCACCCACACCCACACCCCCACCCGCACCCGCACCUGCACCUGCACCAUCCCCACCAGCAGCAACAUUCACAGCAGGAGCUCCAUCUCAGACAACUCCCAAGAGGAGGCCCUCUGAUGGUAGCCAGCGGUCUGAUGGGGGGUCCCAGGGAACAGACCCUCAAGAAUCCCAAAGAGACAGGAGAGAUUCCAAACCCCGUCAGCAGAGAAGACCUCCCAUAUCUCGCAGGCCUGGGGAUUGGGACUGCCCUUGGUGUAAAGCUGUGA